ACGAAUCGGUGGAGGGUUGUGCAUCAGACCGAGAGGAAGGAACCAUGGCUGCCCUUUUCAAAGCAAGGAAAGCUCUUGGCUUGUGUCUCGGUGGUUGUCGAGGUCUGUCUCAGCUGGCAGAGUUACCGGAGACUCAUCAGAUACUGAGACAGACCUGCAGAGACUACGCUGACAGAGAACUAAUCCCAAUCGCUGCCAGACUCGAUAAAGAGCAUUCUUACCCCUCCCAGCAGAUUCAGGAGUUGGGGGCGAUGGGGGUGAUGGCCAUGGAGGUACCAGAGGAGCUGGGUGGUGCUGGGAUGGACUAUCUGGCGUACAGCGUGGCUAUGGAGGAAAUCAGCCGAGGCUGUGCCAGCACUGGAGUCGUGGUCUCUGUUAACAAUUCUCUCUACAUCGGACCAAUAUUGAAGUUUGGUACAGAAGAACAGAAAAAGCAGUGGAUCACACCGUUCACCACCGGAGAGAAGGUGGGCUGUUUCGCCCUCAGUGAGCCAGGUAACGGCAGUGAUGCAGGCGCAGCCUCCACGGUGGCUCAGCAGGAUCAAGACGAGUGGGUGCUGAAUGGAACCAAAGCCUGGAUCACCAACAGCUGGGACGCCUCCGCCACUGUCGUGUUCGCCACCACGGACAAGAAACUCAAACACAAGGGUAUCAGUGCAUUCCUGAUCCCCAUGCCACACCCGGGGCUUUCUCUAGGGAAGAAGGAAGAUAAGCUGGGCAUCAGAGCCUCGUCCACUGCUAACAUCAUCCUGGAGGACUGCAGGAUACCACUGGGCAACAUGCUGGGUCCUCGGGGUGCUGGAUUCAAGAUCGCCAUGCAAACCCUGGACAGCGGACGGAUCGGUAUUGCAGCUCAGGCUCUCGGUAUCGCUCAGGCUUCUCUGGACUGUGCUGCGGACUACGCGCACAAACGCACCGCAUUCGGAGCCCCCAUCGGCAAGCUGCAGGCCAUACAGUUCAAACUGGCUGACAUGGCUGUGGCAUUAGAGAGUGCCCGUCUGCUCACCUGGAAGGCCGCGCUUCUUCGAGAUUCAAAGAAGCCCUUCACCAAGGAAGCAGCCAUGGCCAAGCUGGCCGCGUCUGAAGCUGCCACCUUCUGCUCACAUCAGGCAAUCCAGGUUCUGGGUGGGAUGGGGUACGUGGCCGACAUGCCCGCCGAGAGGCACUACCGCGACGCUCGCAUUACCGAGAUCUACGAGGGCACCAGUGAGAUCCAGAGACUGGUUAUCGCCGGCCAGUUGCUGAAGGAAUACCAGUCGUAGACGACGCACCUUUUGUCAGUGCCUUCCGGUGCAAUAUGGACAGAUAAGCCCCGAGCUGAAAUCAGAUAAGUCAACCCAGAGACAUCACCUCAUCCAGGAAGAUAAAGAAGCCGGUGUGCGCUAGCUCAACACACGAGCUAAGGGACAACUUUUCUACUUUUUGGCAACAGGCCUAUUAUAUCAGGUUUGGAUCAGAGAGGACACUGCAGAAGUUCAUAGCAGAUUCACAGGAUUUUACGUGUCCGUUACCUCCACCGUCUCACGUUCAAGGGGAAUUCAGGAAUAAAUUUAAAGUGGCAAUCUUGACGAUUUCAAUCCUCGGUUUGCUUCAGUGGGAGUGUCGCCACAGACGCCCCAGUUCAUAAAACUGCAAAUACAUACUAUUGCAUUACUUUCAUCGGUGGCCACAGGCCCGGUCACCAUUGUUACCUCAUUCUGCAAUAGCCAGUGACUAACAGACCGUUAUUUAAAUGAAAAUCUUCGGGAUUGCCACUUUAACCCACUGUAAGCUAAACAAGUUCAGACUUGCCUCCACCGCCUUAAGUGCUUUGCCAGUUUAAAGGGUCAGUUCAACUAAAUUUUAAAAAAAGGGACAUAUUUUCUCUCGGUGGUAUGGAGCACUACAGAUCCCAUCCCUAAUGACGACCGGUGUUCGAAAGUCAUCACGUCCGAAUGUAAAAGAAAAACCAUAUCAGCGCCACUUUUUCCAUCGAUGUCUGUUCCGCCUCCCAAGCAGCACGCAGAAGUGACGACGUGCGUCCCGGUAUUUCCGUUUUGUAGCAACGUAUAUCCGAAAUGUUCUUGAUUUAUAAAAACGCAGUGGAAACACAAGACAGAGCCGAGAACCAAAGGCUUCCAGGUUCUUACAAGUUCGGGUCGUGGGGAGGCUCCAGGCUGCGGGUCGUGAAGUUCCCCUAGUGGGGAAGGGUUUUUUCUCUGAGUAGUCCACAGGCCUUUCUUCCAAAUAGUUCCUAUAAGCAUACUUUUUUUUUUCUUCUUUGACAAAACAAUCCAACUCUCUUCAUCAAGGUGCUCUUCAUCGGUUUUUCCAGUCCAGUAUCCUCCGGUCUCCCCUCCUCGGCGGGAGACCGGAGUUUGCGUCCAGUCACAGACCUUCGAUUUACGCCCAGUUUUUUUUUAAGGAUCUUUACCGUAUUCCAGUUCCGCAGGUACUGUACAAACAGAGUAUUCAAAAUAAAAACGUUAGUGCCGGACGUCAUGCAGAGUUAUCGAACCGGCCGAUAGCCACGUCUCCGUCUGGCGUUACGGUUGCUUUUUCCAGAGCUUUCAACUGCAUCACGCGGUUCAUCAGUGGAGGGAACUCGCCGGGGAAAGAUCGAGGCCGCCCACGUCGGACGCCGGUGGCCAUCUCUGAUCAGAAACAAGGUUAUGAUGUCGCCACAUAUACAGCCGCUCGUUAUCCGGUGUUUUACAUUUCCUUAAGUCAGUUCCGGUCAGUGAUGAAGACCGUGAGAGGCAGUUGAAAGCUCAGUACUAGACAUGAGUAGGUUUAUUUACCCGCCGUCCCAGCAGCAGGGGCCGUUCACGUGCAAUCGAAGUACCUGAUUUCCUUCCUCUCUGAGUCAUGACUCCGGUCAAAUCCGAACACACAGACAUGACACUCGUACGUUUAGAUUCAGUGUGACUUGCGCUUUCCCAGGGUGUCGUUAUAACAUCCGUGAGUCUGAGUAGAAAUCUAUUGAGGCCUUACAUCUGCAGAACCUGCCUAAGAAUCAUCAGUUUUUUUAAGUUUUCUCCGGUGUCACGGCGAUCCAGUGACCUGGGUCUGCUGCGCAUCCGCGGGCGUGUUGCAAACUGGAGCCGCUGAAAGCGAAUUCAGCAGCUUUUAGUGGUCAGUUUGCCAAAUAUAGGAGUAAAAGAAAAAAAGAAAAAACUGUGGUCGAGUUGUAGCCCAGAGUGUGAGUCAGUGUGAGUCAGUGUGAGUCAGUGUGAGUGUAAUUCUGAACCCGGUCUGACUCAGGUCCCAGGUCAGGCCUCGGCUCCUCAGAGCCUCGUGGACCUACGAGGACCUCUGCUGACAGGGUUUGGAUUGAACCGCCGCAGGCUCUCGAAAAUAUCUGACGUCAAGGCGUUAAAGUGUGUCAGGUUAUUAUCUGCGAGAUAAUAAAGUGGCAACGACAUAAUGAACAGCUCAGCAUUAGUUUAUCUACCGUAGAUGUGCAAUAGUUUCUAGUCAGAGUUCGGCAUGUUCAGCACCCAUGUCGAGAACGGAUUUCCAUGCUUAUGUACUGUAUGUUUUUGUGAUUUGGGUGAACUGACCCUUUAAUAUCUGAACCCAGGUUUGUUUCGUCCUGACACGGACUCUUAUCACCUACAGUACAGGAGGGGAAAAAAACCCCCAACGUUUUCUCUUGAGUACCUUUUUUUUUCUGUGUGUCCUGUGACGGGGUUCAACCAGCAGAGGGCGACGCCGUGCCCUUGCGGGUUUCCCCGACCCAUUUCCGCCUCGGGCAGAUCGUCGAGCCGCAGGAGACGCUCCGCUCCUGCGCGAGUCGCUGUUCGGCAUAGGACGAGGCGACACCUGAGCGACGGAAGCCCGCUCGGACCGGAGGGGGAGGGGCCACGGCAGUUCGGAGUUACUCGUAUGAGUUCGUCGACGACUGUGAGGCUGUGUCGUGGAUUCUCUCAGACGUCUCGUGCCUCAAUGACCUGUACAUAUUUUGCUGUAAUUUAUUGUUUGCAGAUGGUAAUAAAACACACUCACAACGCUCUGUA